AUGGGUCAGGGGCUGAGUUGCAGAACAAGUGAGGAGCAGGGACUGUUCAGUGCAGUGCAGUUGGGGGAUUUUCAGACUGUUGAGACUGUUUUGGAAAAGGAUCCAACUCUUAUUCAUCGUUUCACAGUGUAUGAUCGGCACUCUGCUUUGCAUAUUGCUGCUGCUAAUGGCCAGACCGAGAUUCUUUCUAUGCUCUUGGACCGAUCUGUCAAUCCCGAUUUAUUGAAUCGCCACAAGCAGACUCCAUUGAUGUUGGCUGCAAUGCAUGGAAAGAUCUCAUGUGUGAAAAAACUCAUUGAAGCUGGGGCGAAUAUUUUAAUGUUCGAUUCACUAUAUGGAAGGACUUGCUUACACUAUGCUGCUUAUUAUGGUCAUUCCGAUUGCCUUAAAGCUAUUCUUUCGACUGCUCGCACCUCCCAGGUGGCUGUUUCAUGGGGAUAUGCUCGUUUUGUGAAUAUUAGAGAUGGUAAAGGAGCAACCCCUCUGCACUUGGCAACCCGUCAAAGACGGCUUGAAUGUGUUCAUAUAUUAUUAGAUGAUGGCGCUCUUGUCUGUGCUUCAACCGUUGGAUAUGGCUUUCCAGGCAGCACUGCCCUUCAUUUGGCUGCAAGAGGUGGUUCUCUUGAUUGCAUCCGUGAAUUGUUGGCAUGGGGCGCUGAUCGACUUCAAAGAGAUGCAUCAGGGAGAAUACCUUAUGUAGUGGCUCUACGUCAUCACCAUGGAGCAUGUGCGGCUUUGCUGAAUCCUUCGUCGGCAGAGCCUCUUGUCUGGCCGUCGCCUUUGAAGUUCAUAAGCGAGCUUAAUCAGGAGGCAAAAGCUCUGUUGGAAUGUGCUUUAAUGGAGGCUAACAGAGAGAGGGAAAAGGCCGUCCUGAAGGGAACAGUUUAUUCACUGCCAUCUCCAUUGCAUUCCGAUUCUGGACUUGAUGACAAUGUAUCUGAGGCAAGCGAUACAGAUAUUUGUUGCAUAUGUUUCGAUAAAGUAUGUUCGAUUGAGGUUCAAGAAUGUGGCCACCAGAUGUGCGCGCUAUGCACACUGGCCUUGUGCUGCCAUAACAAGCCCAACCCAACAACGGCAUGUCCUUCCAUACCAGUUUGCCCGUUUUGCAGAAGUAACAUUAUUCAGUUAGUUGUUGCCAAGGUUAAACCCGAAAAUGAAAUCGACCCUGAUGUCAACUCCUCAAAGCCAAGAAGGUCUACAAGGUCCCGUAACUUCAGCGAGGGCAGUAGCAGUUUCAAGGGUUUAUCUGCAGUCGGUUCGCUUGGGAAAAUGGGCCGUGGCUCGGGCAGAAUUGCUGCUGAAAAUGAACUUCUUGAUAAGCCAGAGCCUUGA